AAUACAUUGUCCUUGGUCAAGAAUACAAAGCAUAAAGGAACAAGCUAAUUAACUAUUUAGAAUUCCCUCUUCUAAGAGACCACACGGCCAAAGUGGCAUCAUGACACAGCUUGGUGUUUUGUUGGUCGCUUUAGGAGACGACCAUUUUGGAGGCCUUGGGUAGAGCUGGAGACAGAGCCAUGGAGGUAGAACGGUGUCGGAAAACCUGGUUUAGCCCCACUUUGUACCUGGGCGCUUGAGCUAAUCGCUUCAGUCAUGUAAAACAACAAGACUAAUAAAGUCUGGGAUACAGACUUGAACAGCUCAAGUGCUGCCAAAAGUAUUUAAGAGACAAAAGCGAAUCAUAGGCGCCUUUCCCCAAUCACCUCCUAGACCUUAAGAACCGUGCUAGGUUCCCUACAUUCUUCGUUUAAUGCCAAUAACCCCACGAGGCAGAUAUCAGCUUCAUUCUCCACAUGGGCUCCAGUCCCACCAACUAACUGGCUUAAUCAGUAUCUGACCCCAGGCCUGCCAGCGUUCCCGCUGGUGGACUGCCCUCCAUGUCAGCUCGAGUUAGCAGGACGUGGGAGUAAAAACCCGGCGGCCCAGCCUUCAGCGUGCUGCACGAGGAAGCUGGCUGGACAGGCAUGACUUUGUCAGUCAACCACCCCGCAGCCGGGCCCUGGGCUUUGUUAGCAGCCACUUGGCGAGGGCUCCGGGCGGUUGGGGAGGCGGCGCUUCCUCCAAACGGAGGUGGGACCCCGGCCCCGCCGACCUCGGAGCCGCCCCCGGCCCCGGAUCGCCGACAACACCUCUCGCUGCUCCAGGAGGACCUGCAGGAGGACGCGGACGGAUUUGGUGUGGAUGACUACAGCUCAGAGUCUGAUGUGAUUAUUGUACCUUCAGCCCUGGACUUUGUCUCACAAGAUGAAAUGUUGACACCCCUGGGGAGAUUGGACAAGUAUGCUGCAAGCGAGAACGUAUUUAACAGACAAAUGGUGGCCCGGAGUUUGCUGGAUACCUUGAGGGAAGUCUGCGAUGAUGAAAGAGAUUGUAUUGCUGUUUUGGAAAGAAUUAGCAGAUUGGCUGAUGAUUCAGAACCAACUGUGAGAGCGGAGCUAAUGGAACAGGUGCCUCAUAUUGCACUGUUUUGUCAAGAAAACCGGCCUUCAAUACCAUACGCUUUUUCCAAAUUCUUACUACCUAUCGUGGUUAGAUAUCUUGCAGAUCAGAAUAAUCAGGUGAGGAAAACAAGUCAGGCAGCUUUGCUGGCUCUGCUGGAGCAGGAGCUCAUUGAUCGAUUUGACGUGGAGACCAGAGUGUGCCCUGUCCUCAUAGAGCUGACCGCCCCAGAUAGUAAUGAUGAUGUGAAAACAGAAGCUGUGGCUGUAAGUCGAAUGCCAUUUUUCUAUUUAUGGAAAAUGUGGCUGAUAAGAGGUGCUUAUUAAAAUCAGGCUGGGGUCG